AUUUAACUAAAAAAAUGUAGUUAUUCAGAAUAUAUUAUUUAAGUAAAAAUAAGAAGAAUAAAAAUGGAGAAAUGGCAAUUGGUAUAUUUUUUUAUGAUAAUUUCCUGUUUCAUAUUUAACGAAGGUAUUAAAAAUCAAUAUUCGGGUGAAAAAAAAAUAUGCCCAUUUGAAAAAGGUACAACAAGAAUGGCUGCUAAAAUUGGUGACAUAGAAACAUUAAAACUAGCUUACGAAAGUAAUUGUGAAUGGGAUAAAUAUACAACUACUGAAGCUGCUGCAAAUGGACAUUUUGAAUGUUUAAAAUAUGCCCACGAAAAUGGAUGUCCAUGGGAUGUAGGUACAACCGAAGCAGCUGCAAAAUAUGGUAAUUUAGAAAACUUAAUAUAUAUUCACAAAAAUGGCUGUAAAUGGGAUAAAACAACAACAAGUGCUGCUGCUGAAUAUGGGCAUGUUGAAUGCCUAAAAUAUGCACAUGAAAAUGGAUGUCGUUUAAAUAGAGGCAUAACUCAUUCUGCAGCUUUAGGAGGUAAUUUAGACUGUUUAAUAUACGCACAUAAAAAUGGUUGUCCAUGGGAUAGAGGCACAAUAUUUGCCGCUGUCACAAGAAAUAAUUUAAACAUUUUAAAAUAUGCCCACGAAAAUGGAUGCCCAUGGGAUAAAGGCAUAACCGAAGAGGCUGCAAUAAAUGGUAGUUUAGAUUGUUUAAAAUAUCUUCAUAAUAAUGGCUAUAAAUGGGAUAAAACAACAACAAGCUCUGCUGCUUCAAAUGGACAAUUUGAAUGUUUAAAAUAUGCACAUGAAAAUGGAUGUCCAUGGGAUAAAUACACAACUGUAAUAGCGGCACAAUGUGGUCAUUUCGAUUGUUUAAAAUAUGCACAUGAAAAUGGGUGCCGCUUGAAUGAAAGCAUAAGCGGAUAUGCAGCUCUAGGAGGUAAUUUAGAUUGUUUAAAAUAUGCACAUGAAAAUGGGUGCCGCUUGAAUGAUAGUAUCAGUAGAUUUGCUGCCCUAGGAGGUAAUUUAGAUUGUUUAAAAUAUGCACACGAAAAAGGGUGUUUAUGGGACAAAGAAACAACUAGAAACGCUGCUCUAAAUGGACAUUUUGAAUGUUUAAAAUAUGCACAUGAGAAUGGAUGUCCAUGGGAUGCCGGUACAACUGAAGAAGCUGCAAAAUAUGGUCAUUUAGACUGUUUAAAAUAUGCACAUAAAAAUGGCUGUAAAUGGAGUGAAAAAACAAUAAGUAACGCAGCUUUGAAAGGACAUUAUGAAUGUUUAAAAUAUGCACACGAAAAUGGGUGCCGCUGGAAUGAAACCAUAAGUAGAUAUGCUGCUCUAGGAGGUAAUUUAGAUUGUUUAAAAUAUGUGCAUGAAAAUGGAUGUUCAUGGGAUGUUGGUAAUUCAAAAAUUUUAGAAUAUAUAGACGAAAAUGGAUGGGAGUGUAAUGAUGGCAUUACUACUGCAGCUACCAAAAGUGGUAAUUUAGAAAUUUUAAAAUACGCACAUGAAAAUGGUUGUUCAUUUGAUGAUGGUAUAACUACUGCAGCAACCGUAAGAGGUAAUUUUGAAGUUUUAAAAUAUGCACAUGAAAAUGGAUGUCCAUUAGACGAUGGAAUAAAUAUUCUCGCCACCGAUAGAGGUGAUUUUGAAAUUUUAAAAUAUUUAUAUCAAAAUGGAUUUCCAUGGGAUAAAAGAACAACAAAAGUAGCAGCACGUUAUGAUAAUUUGGAAUUUUUGAAGUAUGCCCAUGAAAACGGAUGCAAAUGGGCUUUUGGUACAACUGCAGCUGCUGCUUUAAAUGGUAAUUUGGAUUGUUUGAAAUAUGCCAUUGAAAAUGGAUGUUCUUGGGAUGAGGGAACAACUAGAGAAGCUGCAGCAGGAGGAUAUUUAGAUUGUUUACGUUAUGCUCAUGAAAAUGGGGCUAAAUGGGACGAAGGUACAAUAGAGACAGCAGCAUUUUAUGGUAAUUUAGAUUGCUUAAUAUAUGCCCACAAAAAUGACUGUAAAUGGGAUAUAGGCACAACAAGCGCCGCUGCCUUUAUGGAUCAAUUUCAUUGUUUAAAAUAUGCCCAUGAAAAUGGAUGCCCUUGGGAUGAUGGCAUAACUACUGCGGCUACUAAAAAUAAUAAUUUAGAAAUUUUAAAAUAUGCACAUGAAAAUGGAUGCCCGUGGGAUGAUGGAAUAACUACUGUAGCCACUAAAAGUGGUCAUUUAGACAUUUUAAAAUAUGCUUAUGAAAAUGGAUGCCCGUGGGAUGAUGGUAUAACUACUGUGGCUACUAUAAGUGGAAAUUUAGAAAUUUUAAAAUAUGUACACGAAAAUGGAUGCCCGUGGGAUGAUGGCAUAACUACUGCGGCUACUAAAAAUAAUAAUUUAGAAAUUUUAAAAUAUGCACAUGAAAAUGGAUGUCCGUGGGAUGAUGGAAUAACUACUGUGGCCACAAAAAGUGGUCAUUUAGAAAUUUUAAAAUAUGCACAUGAAAAUGGAUGCCCGUGGGAUAAUGAAAUAACUACUGUAGCCACAAAAAGUGGUAAUUUAGAAAUUUUAAAAUAUGCACAUGAAAAUGGAUGCCCGUGGGAUGAUGGAAUAACUACUAUAGCCACUAAAAGUGGUCAUUUAGACAUUUUAAAAUAUGCUUAUGAAAAUGGAUGCCCGUGGGAUAAUGGAAUAACUACUGUAGCCACAAAAAGUGGUAAUUUAGAAAUUUUAAAAUAUGCACAUGAAAAUGGAUGUCCGUGGGAUGAUGGAAUAACUACUGUGGCCACAAAAAGUGGUCAUUUAGAAAUUUUAAAAUAUGCACAUGAAAAUGGAUGCCCGUGGGAUGAUGGCAUAACUACUGCGGCUACUAACAGUGGAAAUUUAGAAAUUUUAAAAUAUGCACAUGAAAAUGGAUGCCCGUGGGAUGAUGGAAUAACUACUGUAGCCACUAAAAGUGGUCAUUUAGACAUUUUAAAAUAUGCUUAUGAAAAUGGAUGCCCGUGGGAUGAUGGUAUAACUACUGCGGCUACUAAAAGUGGAAAUUUAGAAAUCUUAAAAUAUGUACAUGAAAAUGGAUGUUCGUGGGAUGAUGGAAUAACUACUGUGGCUAUGGUAAGAGGUAGCUUUGAAAUGUUUAAAUAUCUACAUGAAAAUGGUUGUCCAUGGGAUGAAGAAACAACAAAAGUUACUGCUACUUAUGGUAAUUUACAAUUCUUAAAGUAUGCUCAUGAAAACAAAUGUAAAUGGGCAAUUGGCACAACUAAAGCUGCUGCUUUUAGAGGUAGUUUUGAAAUUUUAAAAUAUGUACAUGAAAAUGGAUGUCCAUGGGAUAGUGGCACAGUUACUGCGGCUAUUCAGAGAGGUAGCUUUGAAAUGUUUAAAUAUCUACAUGAAAAUGGUUGUCCAUGGGAUGAAGAAACAACAAAAGUUACUGCUACUUAUGGUAAUUUACAAUUCUUAAAGUAUGCUCAUGAAAACAAAUGUAAAUGGGCAAUUGGCACAACUAAAGCUGCUGCUUAUAGAGGUAGUUUUGAAAUUUUAAAAUAUGCACAUGAAAAUGGAUGUCCAUGGGAUAGUGGCACAGUUACUGCGGCUAUUCAAAGAGGUAGCUUUGAAAUGUUUAAAUAUCUACAUGAAAAUGGUUGUCCAUGGGAUGAAGAAACAACAAAAGUUACUGCCGCUUAUGGUAAUUUAGAAUUCUUAAAGUAUGCUCAUAAAAACGGAUGUAAAUGGGCCAUUGGCACAAUUAAAGCUGCUGCUUUUAGAGGUAGUUUUGAAAUUUUAAAAUAUGCAUAUGAAAAUGGAUGUCAAUGGGAUUAUGACACAACUAGGGCUUCUGUGGCAAGUGGUUGUCUAGACUGUUUAAAGUAUGCUCAUGAAAAAGAGUGUCCAUGGGAUGAAGGAACUUUAGUUACAGCUUCUGCGCAUGGUAAUUUAGAUUGUUUAAGAUAUGCACACGAACAUGGAUGUAAUUGGAUCGAAGGUACGACGAGAGGGGCUGCUGCAAAUCGAAAUUUAGAAUGCCUCAAAUAUGCCUAUGAAAAUGGAUGUGAAUGGGAUGAAGGCACAACAAGGGAAGCUGCUGCGAGUGGAUGCAUUGGUUGUCUGAAAUUUGCUAAUGAAAAUGGAUGUAAUUGGGAUGAAGGUACAAUAGUAACAGCUUCUGCGCACGGUAAUUUAGAUUGUUUAAAAUAUGCCCACGAAAAUAGAUGUAAAUGGGAUGAAGGCACUACAAGACUUGCUGCUGCAAAUGGUCAGUUUCUUUGUUUAAAAUACGCCCACGAAAAUAAUUGUCCAUGGAGUAGAAAUACCAUUUAUGAAGCUAGUGUAAGAGGUUUUGUUGAUAUAAUUUACUACGCAUACGAAAAUAGCUGUCCUAAUUAGUUUUGAAAUAUUAUUUAUCUGUGACAUUAUAUUUUAAAUAAAUUCUAUAAGCCAAAAUGUCAAUCGUUUUAUUGGUAGCAAUUAUAUUAUUUUACUUGCUCAAUAAAAAUUCUUAU